AUGUGGAAAGUCAAAGCACGCCCACGAGGAAAGAGACACUCAAAGUCGCAAGAGGUGAAAGAAGAAGAAAAUGGCAGAGGGAAACAGGUGAGGCUGGCUCGGCGAGGCUAUCGUGGCCGACCUAGGCCCAGGUCAUGGAAGAUGGGUACAGUUGGUGCUAGGGAUUCUUCAUUGGCUAUUAGCCGAGCAGAAAUGCCACAGAGGAGAGCCAAACUGAAAGUGGCGGCCUCCGCCUCCACUUCGUCAGCCUCUCACCCGCCAAGAGCAAGGUCAAGUCAACGCGGACUGUACUGCUUUGCAUUGCACCUCAGCGAGAGCCGGGUAAGAUGGGGCUGUUUCGCCUUCUCAGCAGCAAACUCGGCUGUCUCAGCAACUCCUGUGAGAAAAGAUAAAGAGGUAGCUGGAACUACUAUGGAAGGGUUGAACGUUGAACUGAGGGGGUUUGACGAAUGGAACCAAAGAUGGAAGGCUUCACAAAAGUUCUCAGCUGAUAAAAGAAGGAGGAGGAGCAAUGAGCUUUCGGAGUGGAGAAAUGGCGCACCCAACUCAACCCCCGGACGAGCCGUGUCGACUUGUCAACACGGCUGUGGACAGGACAGCCAGCAACAGCUGCUGCGCCGUGGAGGGCGAGUAGGAGAGCAGAACACGAAACAGCCGGGUCUUUGA